GAUUGAUUGUAAUUAUUUGUCAAUAAAUAUGUUUAAAUUGUGUCCAUUGGACUGGACUGAUCUCAAUCCUAAUGCACCCACUUUUACACCAAGAAGUGCCAAAUUAGACACAACAAGUAAUGUUGACAAUAGUGAUAAAAAGGUGAUCUUAAGUCAAUCAUCACAACAUUUGGUGGCAAUACCAACAAUUUCUGGAGUCAAUAACAAUAAUAAUAAUAAUAAUAAUAAUUCAAAGACAAGGGGAGGGAAAAACAAAUCAAAACAAAAAAGUAGUACAAAAGCGCCUAAACUAACUCUGGAACAGUUUAUAACCGAAAAGUUGACAAUUGAUGAUAAAAAUAAAAAGGGAUCAACUCUUGCCAUAUAUAGAAAUCAAAGCAAUUCAAAGAAGACAACUACUGUUCAAACCCCUCGUAAUAUUCUGGACUCUUCAGCGCCAUCACGAAAGAGAGGUAAAGAAAGAGAAAUACCAAAGGCUAAGAAACCAACACAUCUUAAGAGAAUUAUUCACAACGAGAGGAAUGGUUUGCUUUUACCAAAAGAUAAUGUUAUUCAAAGUGAUGGACAAUCUUGUGAUGAGAUUUAUGAUUUGGAGGCUUUGAACAAACGUUUGCUUCAUUUUAAAUCAUUUCGUGAAUAUUGUUGUCAACAAUUAACUGAAGAGAUCGAUAAAAUUACAAUUAAUCUUUUAAGUGAUUUAGUUUUAUUUCAAGACAGACUUCACGCAAGAGAUCCAAUUAAGGCAUCAAUGAAAAGGCGUUUGAUUUAUGGAUUUAAAGAAGUGACUAAAUAUGCAAAGAUUAAUAAAUUAAAGCUUUUAAUUAUUACUCCGGAUAUUGAAAAAAUUGAGAGCAGGGGUGGACUCGACGAUAGUCUACAUAAUCUUAUAACAAUUGCAGAGACAAAUGAAACACAUAUUGUUUUUGCAUUAAAUAUGAAAAGUUUAGGUAUUGUCUGCAAAAAACAAGGAAUUGUUAGCUGUGUUGGAGUUUUGAAUUAUGACGGAUCACAGGAUAACUUUAAGCAAUUAAUUAAUUUAUCGGAAACUGCGAGAAAUGAUUAUAAAUUAAUUGCUGAACAAUCUUUGGAUAAAUUGAAAUUACUUUCACAACAAGAAAUCGAUGAAUUAGUUAAAACACCGUCAGAUAUACCUAAUGAAUGGAUACAAAUUAGAAAUAAGUUAAUUAACCUUGAUAAAUUUAAAAAUAGCAUUGCCAGAACAAACUUGUAG